CAGUGAGGUCAUGACGCUCCCUACCUGUUUUGAAACUGCGGAAAUCCAAGUUUUUGGGCGGAUUUGUUUGACGACUAGUACUUCCUUCCCUGUUUUAUUUGGGCCCCACGCACAUUUGACUUAAUGCAGCAUUAAGUAUGCUACUUCUCGAAUUGAACAACCGAACAGAACUUGAGGCUUGAACUUUUUGUUGUUGUUAUUUUUCCCCGGCCACCAUGGGAGAUACGGACACUGCCGGAGCCUUAAGUCGCAGGAGACGGGCUGCUUUUGCGGCGGGGAGAGGAGCGAGUCUGCAGCGGAUGAAUAAGAAGUGUAUGUCGGCUAGUCAGCUCUCGGUGGCCGCUGAAAUAAACGAACUGCGAAUAAGCGAACUGGGCAAAGUUGACCGCUUGUUGGAGACAGAGACAAAGUGUGACAAAAAGAAACGUAAGAAUGACAUAAAUGACAGAUUAAGCUGUCACAAGACACAGGACUCCCUGCUGACUUCAUCCAGUGGUUACAAUAACUACAGAGGGAUUCUAAACUGGUGUGUGGUAAUGCUGGUACUUAGUAAUGCCCGACUUUUCCUAGAAAACCUGUUAAGAUACGGAGUUCUGGUGGACCCUAUUCAAGUGAUUUCCUUAUUCUUGAAGGACCCCUACAGCUGGCCAGCGGCAUGCCUGGUGAUUGUGUCCAAUGUGUUUAUCAUGGUGGCUCUUUAUACAGAGAGGCAGCUGUCAAAGAGUUCAUUUAGUGAGCAUGUGGGCUUUCUUGUCCAUAGUGUUAAUUUGACUGUCAUGCUGACAUUCCCCGCCACAGUGGUCCUCUUGGUGCCCUCCACGACCCCAGUUGGCGGUGUGUUCGUACUCAGUACUUACACCAUUCUCUUCCUAAAGCUUUACUCCUACAAGGACGUCAACAUGUGGUGUCGGGAGCUGAGCACCAUUAACGCCAAGAAACUAGCGAGGUCACAGUCUUGUCCAUCAUCAAAGUACUGCAAUGGAAAUGACCAUAAAGUAUGUUACCCUGGCAACCUUACAAUAAGAGACCUGUACUACUUUGCCUUUGCUCCCACUCUGUGCUAUGAGCUCAACUUUCCUCGUUCUCCCAAGAUCCGCAUGAGUUUCCUAAUGAGGAGACUUUUUGAGAUGCUAUUCCUCAUCCAGAUGUUAGUGGGUCUAACUCAACAAUGGAUGAUUCCCAUCAUUCAAAGCUCCAUGAAGCCACUGGAGGACAUGGAUCUAUCUCGGAUGACUGAGAGACUCUUAAGACUGGCUGUUCCCAACCAUCUGCUUUGGUUGAUGUUUUUCUACUGGUUCUUCCACUCAUCUUUGAACUUCACAGCAGAGCUUCUGCGCUUCGGAGAUCGACAGUUCUACAAAGACUGGUGGAACUCUGAGUCAGUGACAUAUUUCUGGCAGAACUGGAACAUCCCCGUUCACAAGUGGUGUCUCCGGCACUUUUACAAGCCGCUGCUGAGGAGAGGUUUUAGUAAGAUAGUUGGCCAGUCAGCAGUCUUCUUCUUGUCGGCGUUCUUUCACGAGUAUCUGGUGAGUGUCCCUCUAAGGAUGUUCCGACUGUGGGCCUUCAUGGGCAUGAUGGCUCAGCUUCCAUUAGCUUGGUUUGUUGGUCAUAACCUGCGUGGUAACUACGGCAACGCCGCAGUGUGGAUUUCACUCAUAAUUGGUCAACCAUUUGCCGUCCUGAUGUACGUCCAUGACUACUACGUCCUGCAUUACCGACAAGAGACUGACUGAUGUGAACAUAUUUUGGAUUUUUCAACUGCCUUCUAGCAUUUUACAUGCAGACGGAGACUUGCUGAACUAUUUGACAUGGCAGCCGUAAGACACUUUGGUCACCUUAACUUUAAGUGGCCCACUCAUUUUUUGCAGUUAUGAGGUGUAAAACUGUUUCUAACGUCACAGUUCAUAAAUAUUCAGCUUGUGAAAUUUCCACACAUUUUUGUUCAAAUUCCCUCACAUGACGUCACAUAAAUUGGGUCCAAAUAGUCUUUCUGUCUGCUGGGGAACUUUUUUCCUCAUCUCUUCAAGAAAGAAAUAAAUGGUACAUGAGAAUA